CAUCAUAAAAACAAUAUAAAUUACUAGUUCUCUGUGGACAAAUAAAAAGUAUAGAUAUUUCAUGCCAGAUAUCAGAAUGGAUACCAAGAAGCUGAGCCAGCUGUACAAUGAGAUGCUCCAACCUCUCACUUUAUUUCCCGCUACAGUUCAUUCUGCAGAUCACAAGAAAGGUUUGUAUUUCAAGACAAUGAAGAAACAGAAAUAUGAGUAUUUUUCAGGAAUGUUAACAACUCCUCUAUGUGAGCUUGUUAAGAAGAGGCUGGAUAAAAGAUCUGCAUUGAAUAUUGGUUCUACUGCAGUACAGAAGAUAUUUGAGGACAUCAUUCUUAGUGAAGUGAAAGUUAUCAGUGAAAGCAUCCCACAAGUUUUGUCCAGCUCACUGUUAAACCCGUCUGAAAAACAGCAGCUGCACCGUCGCUUGAUCAGCCACAUUCUUAUCGUUUCAGAACAGCUCUUAGUCUUCUAUUUGGAGAAAAUAGAACGGAAUAAGGCACAAUCUGUUUUCUCUGAAGAAGCCAAUAUAACACGUUUCAAAGCACAGCUCUUACUUGAUUGCUCAAGAUUCUUCAAUGUCUUUUCAGUCAGACAUUGCUUGAUUGCGGAGAUAAAAGGAAUGAAAGGCAAAGAACUGACACAUAGUGAAAGUGAAGAUAUAUUAGAGGACAGGACCUUCGAGAUUCCUGGCCAUGCAUAUAGGAAAAGCACUUCUACAGGGAGCCAAAGUUCACAUUUUACCAUGGGAUAUUUUAUAAAACUUGGUAGACCCAAACUUGCCAUCCCUAAAUGUCAACGUGAUAUAGACUUACUACAGAUUGGAAACAUACAACAACUGGAUUUAAAUAAAGCACAGAUGCUGAUGCCAACAAAAGCAAUUGAAAGCAAAAUCACAAAAAAUAUACAUUUUACAGAUGAAGCUGUGACUACCACUUGUUGUGCCACAGAGGACCAGAAACCGGAGGAGAGAAGCGCUGGUAACAAACAAAUAGUUUUGAAGAAAAGUGCAUCAAGCCCUGAUUUGCGAAUUGGUGAACUCCUGGCUGAUGAAUUACAUAUUAAUUUCCAAAUAUAUGCCUCCGAGUGUCCAGAGAUACAACAUAGAGUGGAAACACAUAUAAGUGAAGGAGAUAUUAUAUCAGAGGAUCUAAAGAGGUUGGUAAAAGAUUCAAGUUUGCAGAAAUCAUACCAAGAAACCGACUAUAGCUAUGAAGAAGAGAUUCCACCUUUAAUAAGUGCCAUAACUCAUGGGGUAGCAGAUAAGUCCAGACAUCACACAAUGGAAGCUUUACUACAGGACCCAGAUCCCAAUGAGCAGCAUGUGCAAACCCAAAAGACAGAAGCAGAUCUUCACCCACAGGCAGAUUUUGUGGACGUCAAAAUCCCAAAGAAGCCGUUAAUGAGGAGAGCUGAUGUUCAGACCUCCGACAGGAUUUACACAGACUUCACCGAAAUGCCAAUCUAUCCCCCUGUGUACAAUGACUUCUCAAAUGAGGUUGAAGCUGCUUCAGUGUUCAGAAUGGAUACAAAUCUGUACAUCGGACAGGAGCUCCAAGAGGUUUAUAAAGAGCUUACGAGGAAUAUUCCAAGUGAUCACCUUAAGUUUGACCAGGAUGCGGUCAUUGAACCUUAUGCUACUAAAGUUGAUUUUUCUAAAUGUAUUUCGUCAUCAACACUGACCAGGAAAAAAAAUCAGCGUGUUAUCAACAAGGAGUUGGAUUCACUGGCAUUAAGUGACGAGCUUGACAGCAGAGAACAACCAGUGCCUUUUGAUAAGGAAGCUUCCAGGAUCUGCAAGUCUUGGCUUCACUGGAAAUCCAUAGCAAAUUCAGAGGACUACAUGAAUUACCUAUCCACGCAGGACCUCGACUUCCUGAAGGUGAUAUACCACUUAUACAAUAGUGAUUCCGAGGACGAAGAGGCAAUGAACACUGCUCUGAGGAAAAAGAAAGAAGAGAGGAAAAGGGAAAGAGACAAAAAGAUUGCUGAGCUUAGAGCGGAAAAGCAAAAUUACACACCUGGCAUGUGGAAUAUUAACAGUGUCAUGCUUGGGGGUCUCGGAAUAGAUCCUGACUUACCAGAUACUGAACAUGAUAUCCAAGAGACAUUGGAAUUUCAGAAGAGAACAAGCGUGAGUCAGGAGCUGCUGCAGAAAAGAAUAAAUGCUGUGUGGAAUACACUUCAUGUUCCAGAAGGAAUGAGACUGGACAUGGCAAUUAAAUACAGUUCCACUGAGUACCAAGAUCUUCUGCCUGAGGCAAUUGAAAUGUGGGAACAAGCAGUAAAACAUAUCCAAAAGAGAGAACAAAUUUUAGCAAAACUUGAGAUGUUUGAGAGAACAGCUUCUGAUCCAAACAGAUUCUUUCAAAGAGGUCAUGAUGGGACAUCAAUUGCAAGAAUAAACGAGUCUACAAUAAGAAGAAAGUUUCACACACAGUUAACAAAGAUUGAGCAGGAAAUACCAAAAGUGUUACAAGUUAUAAAGAAGAAAUUUAAUGACACUGUCACAUUUGAAGGCCGACCAUAUGCUGAAAAAAUGCAACGAGACAAAGUAGAAAUGCUUUACUGGCUGCAACAGGAUCGUCGUAAAGAUUUAAUGGAAAGACAUUUUAAAAAAGAAAAUGCCAUGUUAAAACUGGAACCAUUGAGUUAAGAAGAAUAAAGGGGAUCUAUUGUACACAAAUAUUUGUAAUUGUAACCUUAAAUUCUCAGGAAAGUUAUAUAGAAUUAUAGAAACCAGCUGGAUAUUUGGUAUUUCCUACAAAAUACUGGACUUCAAAGAACGUGAGAUGGUGAACGAGACCUUGUUUCUCCUAAUCGUGAUACUCUUCCUGAAUGUACCAGAUGUCUCGACAUAUUGGGCCAAACUGGAUAAAUGCAAAUGUAAUUUUAUAAUUAAGAUGUAAAAUCGCAUAGGCUUUCAAGGCUUAUUCUUCUAAAAACUUAUGACUGUACAUCUUUUUCCAUAUAGGCUCAAUGAAAGCUAUCAACUUCAACUAAAGACUCCUUUUUCUCUUGAGAUAACAUGGUUAUAUACAUUUCCCUUAUUAGGAUUAAACCUGUACAUAUAAAAUUAUAUUUUUGAUUAAAAUAGAAAUCAAUAAAAUGUAUCCUUGUUGCCUGGC